GGUCUCCCGAAGGGCGGGGUCCUUUAGCCCCGCCCACCCCCGCGGCCAGGGUUUCCAGCCGGAGCGGUUGGGCAGCGCGCGGGGCAGGGGUGCGCGGGGGCCGCCAUGUCGCGGCUGCACCAGAGCAGGAUCGCGGACUUCCAGGAGGUUCUCGGCGAACCCACGGUGGCUCUCUCCAAGCUCCGCGACCUCUGCUUCAGCGGAAUUCCCUUUGAUGGUGGGCUGCGCUGCCUCUGCUGGAAGAUACUCCUGAACUACCUCCCUUUAGAGAAAGCCUUAUGGAGCUCUUUGCUGAAGAAACAGAGGGAUCUGUAUUCCCAGUUCCUAAAGGAAAUGAUUAUCCAGCCUGGGAUCGCCAAAGCGAACAUGGGUGUUUCAAGGGAAGAUGUGACCUUAGAAGAUCAUCCCCUCAAUCCAAAUCCAGACAGUCGAUGGAAUACUUACUUCAAGGAUAACGAAGUGCUUCUCCAGAUAGACAAAGAUGUCAGGAGGCUGUACCCCGACAUGGCAUUCUUCCAGCGCCCCACGGACUACCCCUGCCUUUUAAUCCUGGACCCCCAAAAUGAGUUUGAGACGCUGCGCAAGCGGGUGGAGCAGACCACGCUCAAGUCACAGACGGUGGCACGGAACCGCAGCGGGGUUACGAAUGUGAGCUCCCCUCUUAAAACAACACCGAAUUCUCUGAGCGAGUACGAGGUUCUGCCCAAUGGCUGUGAAGCUCACUGGGAAGUGGUGGAGCGGAUCCUGUUCAUCUAUGCCAAGCUGAACCCCGGGAUAGCGUACGUUCAGGGCAUGAAUGAAAUCGUGGGGCCUCUUUAUUACACCUUUGCUACAGAUCCUAACAGUGAAUGGAAAGAACAUGCUGAAGCAGACACAUUUUUCUGCUUUACCAAUCUAAUGGCUGAAAUUCGGGACAACUUCAUUAAGAGCCUGGAUGAUUCUCAGUGUGGCAUUACCUACAAAAUGGAGAAGGUCUACUCUACCCUGAAGGAAAAAGAUGUGGAGCUGUAUUUGAAACUGCAAGAACAGAACAUCAAACCCCAGUUCUUUGCCUUCCGCUGGCUGACGCUGCUCUUGUCCCAAGAGUUCCUGCUGCCAGACGUCAUCCGUAUCUGGGACUCCCUCUUUGCUGAUGAUAAACGCUUUGAUUUUCUUCUGCUCGUCUGUUGUGCCAUGUUGACACUAAUCCGGGAUCAGUUGCUGGAAGGAGACUUCACUCUGAACAUGAGGCUGCUACAGGAUUAUCCCAUCUCUGAUGUUCGUCUGAUUUUGAAGAAGGCAAAGGAACUUCAAGAUUCCAAAUAGUGCACAAGCCUAACAAAAGGUGUCAGAGAAACUGUAUAGCAGCGGAUCCUGGGAGAUGCCCCCACGCAGAGUGGUGCAUUUAAGUUCCUGGUGGUCCCUGCAGGACUUCAGGUUUCAUGUUUGGGCUACUGGCCACCUUGAAGACUUCCUUCUACUCUAUUUAUUAGGUCAAGGACUGAUUACUUCCCCAUCUACUUGGGUCCUGCACUCCAGAUUUUUUUUCAAAUCUCAAAUGCCUCUGUGCUGCUAAAAGCAGUUCUUUGUAUCUUUUUUAAUGACUUUAAGUCUUGGGAGAAAGAAGCUGUCUGUCUGCAUAUCCCUGAAGGGGUGUACUCCUGUAUCAUGGAAGUAACACAUGGAGUAACUUCUGAUGGGGAAGGGACAGGCUGAGUCCAGUGGAUUUUGGUUGUUGAGUAUGGAAAGAUCUUCCUCCUGUGAAUAGAAUGUAUUCCAAUGAAGUCACACAUCCUGCCAUUCAAGUAGCUUCUGGAUUCUUCUCCCUUGUGUCUGCACUUGGCCAUCCCUGGGUUGUGCAAAGAAGAUGGCAUCAGCUUCUGGUGAUUGUCAUCUGACAUCUGGCCGUUUGGACCCCUUUGCCUGGGAAAGAUCUUGAGAAGCUGAGAUGGGAGGACACAGUUGCAGCUGGUGGCUCUGUGCACUGAAACUGCCUGAAUCCAGAAUCGCCUUAUCAACAAGGUCUCGCUGAAAGCAAGACUCUGGUGGUUUUAAAUCAAUGAGUGAAGCGUAGCUUGAAGUUGAGCCUUACCACACACAGCCUUAGAGCAGGAGCUUGUUGCUGCAGGGAGGCCUCAAGCUGCUUUCCUGGCUCUGGACUGGAGCACAUCCAGCUACAAUCAGGAUUCUGAAAUACAAGAAAUGGGCAUCUACUUGCGUGCAAUGAAGACAGACAUAUUUAGGGGCUUGUACAGGCAUGGCACUGGAGUUUUCUACCUCAGUGGCUUGCAUAACAUUGCCCUGAGUAAGCUCUGGUCACAGUAACCUUGAAGAAGACAUGGUACAGGUCCAACCUACAAUUGAGAAUCCUUUUCUGGUCUCUACCAGUGGGCGUAAAAGCAUUUCAGUCAUUAGCUGACUGCUGGGGCUGAUCCACUCUUCUGUGUACUGGUCCUGUUGGAGACACAGUCAUCCACAGACAGUUGGACACUCAUCCCUCCUGAGAGGGGGAAACUUGUGCAUUUCAAAUACAGUGGAGCCAGCUCAGGUGGACAUUGACAAACUACGGAGAGAUCUGCUAACCUGCUGGCAGUGUCCAGCUGGUCAGAAACUGUAGUCCUCAGAAGGAGAAACUGCCAGCACAGAGGUGCUUGGGUGGUGCAGAAGCUCUUGAGUGAACACUAAUCCAGCGUGCUUUUCCCUUUCUGUGCUGUGCUGUGCUGGCUCACCUCCGCAUAGCUGUUUGACACUGCAGUUUUUGGUAUUUAUGGCUAUUGAUUUGUUAAACGUCAGUGUUCUUUGUAAGAUCUGCUUAAGCUGCUGCUGGCCUAGAAUCACCCUAGCAGGAGGGAUGUCGUCAGCCUUCAGCUUUUCUACUAGUGGUGUUUCCUUCACUGAAGGCCAGUCCUUUACAGGCUACUGUAAUGCUCACAGAGGUGGGUGAGGAGACCAGAGGACAGGUUGAUGCAUGUAUCUAUGUUCUUGGCAAUCCCAAGCAAUCUCUGCCUCUUCAGAAGAUGCUCGAGCAACACUGGUGCAGCCAGGUGUUGCUGCUGUGGCGGAGCAAGAGCAACUGGAGACUUAAAACAAUCUGUAAUUAAUACUUGUGGCUAACGAUAUCCCUCUCUGCUGCGGUCCUUUCUAGAGGGUAGUGUUUUCCUCCAAGAAACAUGGAACCAGUAGGCCAGGAGAGCUGUGUGAUGAGAUGCAGCAUCCUGUCUGCUCUAACUGCUGGAUGGAGUUUCUUCUUGUCUUGUAUUGCUGACCUGUUCCAGGUGGUCUCACCUUUAGAUUACUCUGCACUAGAGGCCAGUAGUCAGACCUCGUAUGGCCAAACGGCUAGCUGUUAGGCACAAAUGUAGAAGCAGAGGGUCUGCCAAACACUUGUGCCUCAGAGUUGCUCUGAAUACUGCUGUAGCUCUCUUCCAUUCUGUGCAUAACCUCUGCUCCCACCUUCCCAAUACCUGGGCUGUCUGUUUUGGGUCCCCCUGGCAAGUGCAGGGUUCCAUUAACUCUUUUUUUCACUAGUAACAGGAGUGUCUGUGAGGGUUCCUCCUCUGAAAAGCUAGAAGUCUCCUUAAAAUAACCUGAGAAGGCAGCAGGCAAAUCAGGAUUAAAGCAUUACUUGUAGAUGAACUUCUGCUUGUUUUCAGAGUAGUGUUUGGGCCCUGAGGUUGACCUCCUGUGGUGGUGUUGCCCAGCUCGGAGCUGGGUGCUGGUCUGUAGCACUCAAGGGAGACACGGGAGGUGGCUACUCAAGUGGCAGUGCACUUUGCUGGCUGGGUAUGGGUGUCACGUUGUCUUCCCCCUUCCUAUGGAGAAGGGCUUGUAUUAUGCCAUCUUCUCUUUAGGGGAUGAAGGCAAAUGCUUUUAAAAGGAGUUUGCAGUGGUUUAAUGGGGUGCAAUAAGAGCUUUGGCUGCUGGAAGGGUUCUCUGGGAUAAAUUCUCUAGCCUUAUCCAGACUAAAUUGAUAGUUCUUCUUUGGGGAGAACUUGUAACAACUUUAAUACACCCAGACAGGCUGGUUCUUACAUGAAAAGCUGUUUUAUGUUCUUCCUUAUCCCCUCCUCUGUGGUAGGACUUCUGUCCUGCUGCUGAAAAGGGCUGUUGAAAGAAGUUGUACUUUUCAAUGACUUAGGACAUCCAUUUCUUUAUUUGGAAACUUUCUCCUUUCUUUAAGAGCAAAUCCAGAUUUCCUGAGGGGAGAAAAAGUCUUAACUUGUAACCAGCUUUUGAAUCUCCUUGUGAGUUUCCUUGGCUUUAUUCCUCAAAGGCCUUUGGUGGUAUUUCUGUUGUUGUGGAGAUCAGACGGUAUUUAAUUAGUGUUUCCUUGCCUCGGUGGCCAAGUAUCAACCGCUCCAUCCUUGAGACA